GUGCCAAACUAGGUACACGAGACUGGUCGCAAGGAACCAUUAAAAGGAGACUAUCCAACGAUGGCCUCAUUAUAUGUGUCAGCCAAGGGUGCUGGCUUGAGGAAUGCCUCGUCAAUGGCAUCCUCAUGCGCAGUAACCCUGCCUGGUUUUCUUAUUCCGGCGUGGCAGACACAUGCGACACGCCAGAGGAAGUUUUCGACCACCACGCCUCAGUUAUCGAAGCUGGGGCGCACGCCGCUCUCGAUUCCCCCCGACGUCGAAGUUUCCAUGUCCGAGCCUAUCGUAACGAAGAAUAUGACCUCGUAUCUCCCCAACAUUAAGAAGACGAUUACUGUUAAGGGGCCUUUAGGUCAAUUGGAAAUGAGCGUUCCCGAAUUCGUCAAGAUUGAACAGGAUCCCGAGAACCGACGCCUGGCUUUGAGCGUCGCCAACUCGGACAUUACUGAACAAAAGGAGAUGUGGGGCACCUCAUGGUCGUACCUCAACAACUACAUAACGGGCGUUUCCGAAGGCCACACCGUCAUCAUCCGUCUUGUCGGUGUUGGAUACAGAGCGACAGUCGAGCGCCGCGCUGGCAAGGAGACCUUCCCCGGCCAAGAAUUCCUCUGCUUGAAACUGGGCUUCACUCAUCCCGUCGAAGAAGGAAUUCCUGCCGGCGUUAAGGUGACUACACCGCAGCCCACGCGCAUCUUGCUCGAGGGCAUGGACAAGGAGGUGCUCAUGUCGUUUGCUGGCCGAGUUAGAAAGUGGCGACCACCUGAGCCAUACAAGGGCAAGGGUGUCUUCAUCAACGACCAGACGAUCAAGCUGAAGCAGAAGAAGAUCAAAUAAACUAGCAUUGAGUCUGGCGUGGCUGCUUGGUGGAUGGGAUGCCGUGAGGUUCCGAGCCUUGUGUAUUGUAUUGCAUGGAUAUUGGGGGAUAAAAAUACUUGUACAAUGUAUAUUCUACUUAGGCGCUCUUGUAAAAUGCAUACAUCUCUUUUCUUUAUGAUUCUUGUACUAACACAGUACAUAUAUACGGGUUGGUUUAACAUCGUGAUUGUAUUUUGUUUUAUGACAUCUAUAAACGUUUUUCCUUUUAUUGUUGAACCUUGAGGACUUCUUGCACAACGGCGAGAACCUUGGCGUGCACAGGAGCGGGAGCAGCAACAACGCCCUUGUUGUUGGCGAGGGUGCGGCCGACAGAGAAGUCGAGGCGCUUACCGUGGAUGUCAGUGACCUGGCCACCGGAUUCGCGGACAAUCAGGUCACCAGCAGCGUGGUCCCAGAUCUUCUCCUGGUAGGUAGCCUUGACAGGUAAGCGGAGGUAGAUAUCGCCAGCGCCACGGGCAAUAGAGCCGUACUUGGCCUGGCUGUCCAUGCGGACACUGGGUUCGGUAAUGCCAAGCUUCUGGGAGAUAUCAGCCUGGUCGCCGUGGGAAGAGUGACCAGCUUCAACACUCUCGCAAAAGGUAGCGGUGCUAAGGUCUGUAAGAGCGCGCAUGCCAAUGUGCUUGCUCUCAGCGAGGGCGCCAGUAACCAGAGGGCGACUAUCAGCGCCGUGGUUCUGAACGGCAGAAAAGAGAACGCCACGACCUUCGUCAGUCUGGUUGGUGCCAAUGUCAGCAGUCAGGCGAGCAGUGUCGUCGACGGGAAGGUUGGGGCAUCCGAGGACGCCAACCUUGACGUCACCGUCAACCAUGAGGCCAAGGCAGACAGCGUACUGGCCACCACGGAGGAAGCCCUUGGUUCCGUCAAUGGGGUCAAUGGUCCAGAUUCUGCCCUUGGCACCACCGGCGCUGUUGCCCUUGUCAAUCAGAUCGAGCAUCGACUCGACACUGGUGAUGGGGCCGCCGAGAAGCUUCUCGGAGGUAUCAUCAGAGAGCUUGGUGUCCUUAACGAGCUCCCAGAUGGUAUCUCUCAAGUUGGCAUCCUCGCGCAGCUGAGCAGCCUCUUCUUCGGCAACGAUUUCGUCUUCGGGGAAGUUGUGCUGGAGCGCAGAGAUGAUGAGGGCCUGGGCGCCAAAGUCGCCAAUGGUGACAGGCGACUUGUCGUCCUUGCUGACGGUGCCCUUUGCCUUUUCGUGGAACACGCGCUUUGUGAGGAUAGCGGCUCUUUGGACGGCGAGCUGAGCAAUCUCAAGCUCCUUUGUGUAGGGGGGAGAGACAACCAUGGUUGCGUGAUUUCGGUUUAAGAAGUGGCCGGAGAGCUGGACGAGGCGGCGCGGGAGGAGGGAGGAGGCGACCUUUGCUGCGGGAGACGCCGUUUUGUCGGUGGCCGAGAGAAAGUUGGACAAGAAGGGAGUGUAGGAAGUCGAUAGAUGAGGGAGGAAGACGGCUGCGAGAAGGAUUGCAGUAGCCGAGAGAAGUAAGAAGAUCGAGUAAGAUGGAUAUCGAGAAGAGCGGGUCGAGCGGCCUUGCGUCAUCCAAAGCGCGAGGAGAAGGGCGCUGGCAAAGAGGAGGCGAGCGGUAGAAGAGACAAGUACGUAGCGUAUAAAUACGGUGAAGGGGGAGCUAGUUUCUUUGUUACAAGCUUAGCGAUGUACGAGUUCGGAACGCCGGGUCGGUCACUGGAGAAGUUGAGUCGGCGGGAAAAUAUCAUGGAGG